UGGCAGCAGGCUGCGUGGGUGAAGCUCACAGUGGGCCCAGCCUGGCGGCUGCAGCUCGCCCCCUAUGAUCACCUGGUCGCACGCUGGCGGACACACACACACACUCUUGGCUGCUGCCUGCGCGCAGGCUGGCCUGCUCUGCCCGAAGGGACACCAUUCAAUACUGGGGCCUAAGGCCUUGGCUCGGGCCAGUCCCAGGCGACAGAGAACAGGGGCCCGAGGCCCUCACAAGACCAGGGACGCAGUUACUCUGAGAGAUCCCGCUUCUGAUUGCCUCUAGGACGAGAAGCUGCCCUGUAACUGCUGAACACCUCAUAACCCACCGCGGACCUGGAUCAGACAUCUCCCCUGACGUCUCGAAAGUGGAUAUCAGCUUGUCUAUCCUUUCAGUAUGCCGAAGGGCUCUCUACUCUGCCUGACCAAUGUGGAGCCCACCAUGAGCAGCCCAUUUCAGAUACAGUUUUCGUCUUAGUCCAGAAAGCAUUAUUAAAAAGUGAACGUCUGACAUGGCUUUAGCAGACAAGAGACUUGAGAACUUACAGAUCUACAGAGUUCUUCAGUGUGUUCGCAACAAAGACAAGAAGCAGAUAGAGAAGCUGACCAGACUUGGAUACCCUGAGCUAAUCAACUUCACUGAACCUGUUGAUGGACUUAGUGCUCUCCACUUAGCCUCAGUUUCCAAUGACAUUGACAUGGUUAGCUUUCUCCUUGGACUUGGCGCUCACCCUGAUGUGCAAGACCACAUGGGCUGCACGCCGACAAUGAGAGCUGCAGAGCUGGGCCAUGAGCUAUCAAUGGAAAUCUUAGCCAAAGCCAAAGCAGAUAUGACGAUAGUUGAUAAUGAAGGAAAAGGUGUUUUGUUUUACUGCAUUUUACCCACAAAGCGGCAUUAUCGCUGUGCACUGAUUGCCUUGGAUCAUGGUGCAGAUGUCAACAACAUCACCUACGAAGGAAAGCCAGUGUUCCUCAGAGCUUGUGAAGAAGCACAUGAUGUGAAGGAUAUAUGCCUGACAUUUUUGGAAAAAGGAGCCAAUCCUAAUGCUAUCAACUCAUCCACAGGGCGCACGGCUUUGAUGGAAGCAUCAAGAGAAGGGGUGGUGGACAUAGUUCGAGGCAUAUUGGAAAGAGGAGGUGAAGUGAAUACAUUUGACAAUGAUAGACAUCAUGCUGCUCAUUUUGCUGCCAAAGGAGGCUUUUUUGAUAUAUUGAAGCUUCUCUUUGCCUACAAUGGAGACAUGGGGUUGAUUGGAAUGGAUGGGAACACACCACUUCAUUAUGCUGCUAUGGGUGGCUUUGCGGAUUGCUGUAAAUAUAUAGCUCAGCGAGGAUGUGACCUGAAAUGGAAAAAUUUGGAACAUAAAACACCCCGAGCUGUGGCGAAAGACGGAGGCUUCAAAGCCGCAGGCAAGGAAAUACGUCGAGCAGAGCGGACUGCGGCUAAACUCGCUAAGCCUGGAGCUAAAAAUCCUAACCCACUCUGGGCCCUCAGGCUGCAUGACUGGUCGGUGGAGCAUGAGGCUUUCCUUCGGGAAUCCUUUGCCUUCGUGGACAGGGGCGAUGGUGUAGUCAGCAAAGACGACUUCGUGGUGACCCUGGAGGAGAGGCAAGAGUUUGCCACCCCUGAGCAGCUGCUUACCGUUGCUCAAAUGCACGAAAAAAGCCGGGACAGCGGGGUCAACAUUAACGAGUUCUUUAAGGGAACCAAAUACUUAGGCAAGUCUUACGUCUUGGGAUCUUUCGGGCCUAAGAAAAAGAGAAAGGGUUUGGGCAAAAAGCCAAAGAAAGGCAAGUUUGUUCUACCUCUCCCGAUAUGCACCAUCCCGGAGAUCGCCUUUCCGCGACGGCCAGACGGGGGCCCGCCCUACUACAUGAUCGAGACCUACCAGAAUGUCACUGACUGCAGCAGGUUUAACCGGGACCACCCACCUGAACACCCCAUCCAGGACGAUUCGGAGUGGUACAUUGAUGAUCCGGGGAGGGCCUUCACAAAUAUUAAUUUUAUCACCAAGGCAGGAGAUCUUGCCUCUCUGAAAAAGGCCUUCGAGGCAGGAAUACCUGUGGAUAUGAAGGAUACUUCUUACAAGACCCCACUCAUGACAGCGUGUGCCAGUGGCAACAUGGAUGUGGUCAAGUUUCUUCUUGAAAAGGGGGCGAAUGUUAAUGCAACAGAUAAUUUUCUGUGGACUCCACUUCAUUUUGCAUGCCAUGCUGGCCAGCAAGACAUUGUUGAACUUCUUGUUAAAUCUGGGGCUGUAAUAGAUGCAAUGUCAAUCAACAACUCCACUCCUUUAAGUAGAGCCAUUGAGAGCUGUAGACUGGACACAGUAAAAUACCUACUUGAUAUUGGCGCCAAAUUCCAGCUUGAAAAUAGAAAAGGACAUGCUGCCAUGGAUGUUGCAAAGGCAUACGCUGAUUAUAGAAUAAUUGAUAUGAUAAAAGAAAAGACAGAUAACCUGCCUAAACCAUUAGAUAAUCAAAAAAUGAAAGGCAAGCUUCCUAAACUGAAGACCGAAGGCAUGGACAUUAAGAAAGAAGAGGAAACACUGUCAUCAAUUUAUGCUAUACCAACAAUAACAGAGGAAAAGAAAGUACACAAGGAAAAUGUGGUUUACCUCAAUUCACUGAUUACCAGUGGUUACACUAAGAAGAUUGAUAUCACAUUUGUCCCACAUAGGAUUUGGAGUCCUGAAGCCACAACGGCAGAGCUGAUCAGGAAGAGGGAACUGCGAAGGGAGAGGUUCACAUACGAGGUGGACUUUGAAGACUUCAUGAUGCCUUUCCAAAAGAACAUCACGGAGAAAGCUCAAGCAUUGGAGGCAUCCCUCAAGCUCUAAGUCAUAGCAGUUGCCUCCUGGGGUUCGUGCUUUGUGGCCCAGAGUCCAAAGUAUGGAGAAAAACCACCCAGAGGUUUCCCUUUCCUUCGUGGGAUACUGAUUUACUAAGUUUCAAACACUGGUAUGCCAGGAGGCAAUGGAAUGCAAAAAGCAGUCUUGGCCACUGUCCCAAUAAUUGGAUUCUAGGCUUUUAUCUUCUGCUACUGGUACAUAACAAGUUCAAGUCUUCUUCAAAAACAGUUUCUCUGCUACUCAUUGGGACUGGGUCUCCCUUACUACAACUGAUCUUCUAGUUGAGUUUCAUCUCCACUCCAACCUGAUAUAAAAAAGAAAGGCCCAAUUAUUCUGAAGGCAUGGAAGGAUUGCCAACAAGGAAACAGUCGUUCUAAAUAUCCUUUGCAAAAGACUUUGUGGGUCACUUUUGAUUAUGUGAUGACAAAACUGGGAGAGUAAAGACACUCUAUGCCUGUACCACAUGCCAGGAGGUAAAUGUGUCCUGCAGAAUUAAAAUUCAUUCCUAAAUGUG